AUGUCAACCCAGCAAACCGCCAAGACCCAAUAUGUACAGGCUCCCAAUGGAGUCAAGUACGCUUACCGCCGCAUUGGAGCAGCCACAGGAACUCCUUUGCUCUGCUUGGCCCAUUUCAGAUCUACAAUGGAUCAUUGGGACCCUCUGUUGAUCAAUACUAUUGCAGCGCGUCGAAAUCUGAUUCUCUACGAUUAUCCUGGCGUAGGUCGAAGCACCGGGCAGGUUGCUUCAACAAUCCGCCAGAUGGCUGCCGAUGUACACACUUUUCUCGGCCUUGUUGGUCUCACUGAAGUUGACGUUCUGGGAUUUAGCAUUGGUGGAAUGGUGGCUCAGCUCGUCGGACUGAACGCACCGCCUACCAUCAAUGUACGGAAGCUUGUCCUUUGCGGCACCGGUCCCAGUGCUGGACCAGAGUCGGUGCCUACUCCAAACAUGGCCGGUUUUUUGGAACACUCUGGAGUCAAGCACAUGGAGUUGCCGCAAAUGCGAAUCUUGUUCUUUCCCAUGACCAAAGAAGGAGAGUAUGCUGCUCAGGGCUAUUGGGAGAGAAUCCACGAGCGAGGAGUCGAGAGCUCCGGUGAAGAGCACAUUAAAUUUCUCAGCGACGGUCUGACUGAUGGAGGCGACGGAAUGAAUACAAUGCGCAACGGUAUUGCCGAGUUCUUUACGCCCGAGACCUCUCAAGGACUCAACGGAUCCUAUGACAGACUGGCGGACUUGAAGAUGCCCGUUUUAGUUGCAAACGGCCAUGUGAAUUUCCCUCGCCGCUUCGACGAAGCCCUUAUGCUAACAUCCGCUUACUAUAGGACGAUUACAUCGUUCCCAGUGUCAACAGUUGGGUAA